AUGCAGGUGGAGGGGCCGGGGCAAGGGCCGGUGUGUUCCCAAGGUUAGGGGCCCAGGUGGGUUAAAACUGGGCAUAGAAGGGGCGUACUGAGGCCCCCUAUCCCUCUGAUGUGGGUGGCUGAGCAGCGGAAUGGAGUGUGGGCGUGUAACUCCCCUCACACUCCAACACACAGCAUGAUCAUUACAGCCCCCCUCCCAAAAAUCCCCCUCCGUCAUUGGUACACCCGACACCCCCCAGCUGCAGAAGCUAUGUCGCAGAUUUGCGGAACACCAAAGCUCCCUUCUCUCUUUCCUUAUUUCCAAACAUUAAAAAAAAAUUAGUUCCAGCCGAAGACUCCCACCACAUAUUGAUUUCAGGAAUUAAGCGUCCUCCUUUCCUGCCGGGAUCUAGCUCUGUGUCAUAGCGAAACAUGGCACAGAGCUUGCUGGCUGCGUACCGAUGCAGAAAUGAGGCGGAUGGGAAAAAUUCACCCCGAAAUACCAUUGACGUGACUGAAGGGCAGGACUUGGAACAGGCAUUGAUCUCUCUGAAAUGAGUCUAAAUCUAUUUCCAGUGCAGCUGUAGCUCAUACAAUGCCAUACAGUACCUUUCCUCAUGUCAUGUUAUGGUAGAGUGAAUACGUUUUACUGAGCAGGUUAUUAUGAGAUUUAUAAUUGCAGGAGUCCAUAUACUUUGUAUAGUGUAUACUCCUGGAUUGCUCUCCACACCUCCUGUCCUAUUCUAUCCACUGAGUGCCAACAGGCUUACAGUGUGCCAAAUGUAGUAGUGGUUGUCACCCCCUGCCGGCCCCAUUAUCCAACAGGAAUAUGCUGCCCUGUCUUCUCUUCGAUAAGAUCGUUAGAUAAACACUGUUACUCACAUAAACAACACACUCGAACACCGACACUCUUGCCCCACCACACACACACACACACACACACACACACGAGUAAUAGCAGUGGAAAGCCAAUCCCCUGAGAGGAGUGUAGUGGAUGUUGUGUACUGUAAGCCAAGGACAGACAAGGGGAAAUCUUGUUAGUGAAGUGUGAAACCUCACGAAAGUCCAUCAAUUGAUAAGUGGCUAGUUUCCUGUUAUGCCUUAAUGUUUGGGGCUGGUUGUGUUUUGAAGCACGCUGGCCCGGGUCCAGCGGUAAAGCCUGUCACCUUCUCUCCCCCUCUGGGAUGAAUGGCUGGGGUGACACCAGAGCCGGGCCAACCCAGAGAGGGGGUGGCACAACACUUUGGUUCAAGAAAGGAACAUGCCACUCUGGCUCAACACACAUAAUCCCUGAUAAUACCGUACAAUCAACAACUUCUUAGGUUCGGAGUGGGCUUCCUUGAAUCUCAAGCCCUUGGUUUUACACCCCCUUUUAGAAGGGAAAACCCAAAUCCUCCUGAACAGCCAGGAUUCCCAGCACGGCUAGGGUGAUGGUGGUGGUUUGGGAUGGUGUGUGGGGAUGUUGAUAGGGGUUAAGGUGAGGCUUUCCUCCCAUCUCUGCCCCUCUUCCCCCCCCCCCCCCCCAAUGGUGGUAGUGUUUUGACUGGUAGGCCUGAAUUACUUUUGAAGUCCCUUGUGUUAUCUCCGGCUAUCAGCUAUGCAGUGCAUGGUCAUGGGAUAAUAGCACAAAAACACACCAACACAUGCACACAGUUGCAGAGAGCUUUCAAAUUGAUGCAUGGAGUCAUUCAAUCUAUGGCUAGAGGCUGUUGUUGGAGGAGUGUUAAUACUGUCAUGUCCUCCCGCCUAAAGUGGCGUAUUUUCUCUUUCUUUUCACUCAGACACUUCCUGUGCUCUCUCCCAUACACUCUUUCCCAGCUCAACCCUUGGUGUGUGUUAUUUUUAUUUAUUUUUACAUGAGUUAUAGCUUUCUUUCCCAUAAUGGGUUCAAGGUCCAGAAGAGAACACACACUUGGUCUGGAACAUAAAGACCAAAGUGCAUCAAUCUUUUGUAUAACCUUCGCAUUGAUCCUGUGUCAGACAACCGAUUGGGAGCAGACUUCUCUGCUGUUUUUCUCUCCCGCUCCUUAUUUAGUGUUCUAUGGGCCUUAUGGUAACGGAUGCUAUGAACCAAAAGAACAUCCACAUUAUAGCUUCAUCAGUGCUAUUGUACUAGAACAGUGUUUCUCUUUCUGGUGCCUGUUGCCCCUAAAGACUCCCCUGCUCUCCAAACCAUACUUACCCCUCUCGCUUUUCUCCAGAUUCUCAGAAUGUGAAAAUAGGUAUGUGAACCUCAACCUCCUGUUGUUGACUCUGUCCCCUGUGUCCCUAGAUGUGGCCUGUGUCUCGGUGUGCCCACCUGUUGCCCUGGACAUGGGUGUGGGGUUGCUAUGCCAGCUGUUCCAGCUGUGGAGGCAGGUGCCAACGGGCAUCCUCACCCUGACAGAGUGGCUGCUGGGAGACGUCAAGGGAGACCAGGAGCAAGAGACAGCCACAGUAGAGGCAGCUGGCCUGGUAAGGAGAAACACACACCUUCCAAAGAGUUGGGAUUCGACUGGAUGAGAUGAGAUGGAAUGGGGAGUUGAUGUCUAUGCCCUUUGGCAGAGUAUCUUCUUCUUCAUCCCUCUACAACCAAUCUCUGAAAUGCAUUAAAGCAUCAAAUUAACUUAAUUCAAUCUGGAUCCAUUCAUUACCCUCUUCCACCUUCCAUUUGAACACAUUAGUUCUCAUCUUCCAUUCACUCUCAUCUCCUCUGCACAGGAUGAAGAGGAAUUACUGUUUGAGAAGGGCGAUCUGAACCUUUGGGCUGAGCCUGUUCAGUGGGCACGUCUGCUACACAGACACCUGGGUGUCCUCUUCAAGGCCCCAGGGCUGAAGGCUCUAAACCAGAAGCAGGCAGAGCUGCUCAGACUUUCGGCAGAGGCCCUAUCCCUGGCCACCCAGCAGGCUCUGGAUGGCCUCCCAGCCCUGCCCCAGUUCUCCUGCAGCAUAGAGCACACCCGGCUGGCCCUGCAGCAGGAGAGGGCCACACUGGCUCUGGAUAUACUGGGGACCCUGAGACAGACUGGGCUGUCAGGCUGA